AUGGCAUCUAAGGGGAAGGAAAAAAUGAAAUCUAAGAAGAAAAAACAAUAUGUUCCAACUUCCUCAACUAUGCCAAAUAUGAGUCAUCCUCUUCCUCAUCCUCCUCAGUCGACUUCAUUUCCAUCUACCAUGUUCACUAUCCCCCCUCCAUCUAAUAAUUCAAUUCAGUAUUAUUCUAUGCCUGCUAAAGGCAGUCAAAGUAACACCAUUUUUAACUUUGUACCCACACCUUUUAUACCAUCUUCACCGGGCUUUCAUGGUAGUCAACAUGGUGGCUCACCAGCUGUUGCACCCUCGGUCUUUUAUGGUAGUCAACAUAUUGGCUCACAAGCUGCUGCACUCCCGAGCUUUCAUGGUAGUCAGCAUACUGGCUCACCAGCUGCUGCAUCCCCGAGCUUUCAUGGUAGUCAGCAUGAUGAUCGUCUUUUGUUGGAUAUUGGAGGCUCUCGCCCAGCUACAUCUAGUGCUGCUUCUGCACCAUCUCGUAGACGCAGGCAGAUCUUGGAGGGGAUGUUUUUGCCAUCCUUUCAAGCUACACAUUUGGUUACAGAUUCUAUGAAGCCAUUUUAUCAUGAGUCGUGGACUUCUUGGAGAAAGAUACCGUACAGCAUCAGAGAGAAAAUGUGGAAUCAAUUUAGGAAAAGGUGUACAUGGCAUCCUCAGCAUCAAAAUGCAAUAAAUAGUAUUUUCGAGAAGAAAGUUUGUAUAAGGAUUAAAGAUACUAUGCGCGCUGCUCGAAAUUCCGAAUGGAAGGCAAAGAAUGAACAAGCAAAGGCAAACCGUGCCUCUAAAAAAGGUGGCUCGUUGCACACAGGAGGUUCGAUUACUUUUGAGGCCCAUAAACUAAGAAUGGAAAAGGAAAGAGGGCGAGAUAUGAGUCACGCUGAGGUCUUCGAGAAGUUGCAUAAGAAAAAGAAGAAGGAUGGUACAAGAGAACACUGGGUGGAGACGCGUGCGUCAGACACAUAUGAAGAUUAUCAUAAAAGGUUGGAAGAAUGGCAACAAACUCAGCCUCCUUCAACUCAACCAACACCUGAUGAUAUGGCUUCAUUGUGGACAGAGGCAGCGGGUGGAGCAAACAAAUGUAGAGUCUACGGACUAGGAGUACAUCGACCUACAGGUCAUCCAAACCCACUCUUAGCCAAUUCUUCUUCUCCUCAAAAUCAAGAACAGAUGGAAGAUAUGAGAAACGAAAUCCGUGAAUUGAAGCAAAUAUUGGACUCCCAAUACGGAACAUUUGUUAAGAUGCAGAAAUUCAUGCGUAAACAUGGGCAUGAUUUAUCUGAUGAUGAGGAUGAACAAACUGAAUCUGAUGUGUAG